AUGCAGGAGCUACGCCACAGAGUCCAGAAUCUGGAACGACAACUAGCUGAUCAGGAGCACGAUCGACGGACCACCGAUCCUACGUACUCCCCGUCUCCAGAGAGCCGGGAGAGAGAUUCCCACCGAAGUCACCCCCGGCACGCCUCCGCUUCCAGAACGGAAGCGGAAAGCACCCGAGAAGACUCUCCCAUCCCGAGAAGACGAAACAACACAAUCAUCUACUCCCGAGGUAAGGAAGCGUACCACACGGGACGAGAUCGCGAGGGCGGGGAAGGAAGGCUUGCGAGGACGCGGCAACCCGUGAUAAUGGGCGCCACCCCGUUCCAUCGGUCCAUCCUUGAGGUUCGGUUGCCGAAGCACUUCGACAAAUCGACGGACAUGAGGUACGACGGAACUCAAGACCCUCUGGAACACCUCACGGCUUUCGAGGCUAGAAUGAAUCUGGAGGGAGUAGGGGACGAGGUGAGUUGCCGGGCCUUCCCGGUCACCCUAGCCGGACCCGCGAUCCGAUGGUUUAACGGCCUCCCGCAGGGAUCCAUCUACGGAUUUUCGGACAUCAGCCGUGCCUUCUUGGCUCAGUUCACAACGCGGAUAGCAAAGGCAAAACACCCGAUCAACCUGCUCGGGAUAACCCAGAGACCCGGGGAGCCGACCAGAAAAUAUCUGGAUCGCUUCAACGACGAAUGCUUGGAAAUUGACGGCCUAACCGACUCGGUAGCCAGCCUUUGCCUGACGAACGGCCUCCUGAACGAGGACUUUCGAAAACACCUUACCACGAAACCGGUUUGGACGAUGCACGAGAUCCAAACGGUGGCUAAGGAAUACAUAAAUGACGAAGAAGUCAGCCAGGUCGUGGCCGCCAAUAAACGGUACUCCGGCUACAAUCAACCUAGGCAACAGGGUAACGGAGAGAGACAUAAGGAACAAGCCAAGGAGGGAGGGCCGACCAAGGCACACAGAUCGUUUCCCCGAAUCGGGAAGUUCACCAAGUACACUCCACUCACUCUUCCCAUUGUGGAAGUUUACCAGCAAAUAGCCGAGAGAGGGAUCUUGUCGAAGCCCCGACCACUCAAGGACCGAACGGGGGGGAAUAAGAGCCUCUACUAUGACUACCACAAGGGCUACGGACACCAAACACAAAACUGCUUUGACCUGAGGGAUGCAUUAGAGCAAGCAAUAAGAGAUGGCAAACUCUCUGAAUUCUCUCAUCUCAUAAGGGAACUGAGGAGACAGCAACGCGACCAAGACAGCGAAGAGGCCAAGACCUGA